UGGCGAACGCCCGCCCCCUUGGGUCUUUCCAUGGCUCGGUCGCUGCGGGGAUACCGGCUUCAGGAGGUCGGUUUGAGGGGGGAAAUGUACUACAAGUUCAGCGGCUUCACCCAGAAGCUGGCUGGGUCCUGGGCCUCGGCCGCCUACAGCCCGCAGGGUUUAAAGCCUGUGGCAUCCUCAGAAGCACCACCUAUUAUAUUUGCCACACCAACGAAAUUUGCUUCAGAAACAGCUCCAUAUGAUUAUGUUGGGAAAAACAAAGUUCCAGAGCUGCAGAGAUUUUUUCAGAAAUCUGAUGGUUUACCUGUCCACUUGAAACACGGUCUGCCUGACCAAAUGCUCUAUCGGACCACGAUGGCUUUGACACUGGGAGGGACCAUCUACUGCCUGAUAGCUCUCUACAUGGCUUCACAACCCAAAAAUAAAUAAGAUGGGAUUCAUAAGA